AUGUCUGCUGCUCCUGCCGCUCCUCCAACGCCCGCCGCGCGAAAUUGUCUGACUGAAGGCUCAGUCGCCGGCGAACCUCCGCCAUGUCUAGUCGACGUGGCCGAGCUCCAAGUAUACUCCGCCGUGGCCUCGCCUCUGCCGCAUGGUGGUGCUCCGGCCAGUCCCAACAUCCAUUGCCAUAUUCAAUUUGACACCGCCGCUGCUCCUUUGCUGAUCUUGUACGAACAUAGUUAUCUAAUUUUCAAAUCGUCCUCAUCGAAAACAGCUAGAGGAACAAGGUUGAAAACGGCCGGCGCGACGGCGAUGAACUCCGGCGAGAUGCCGUGA